GACGUAGAGAUAGGCUAGCAUGGGAGGGGAGGGGAGAGAGUGGGGGAAGGCUGAAGGAUAAUAGCUAAGAAAUGACUGCACCGAAGAUAGCGCAAGUGGGGGAAAAGACGAAUCUUUAAAAUUCAACACCAUUGCUAUAAAUGACCAAAACCAUGGUGUACCUAUUUACCUAGAAAAGAACGCAGUAUUAAAUGACCAGAAUCCCCGAAAAGGUAAUAUUUUUAAUGUUUCCAUUUGCACGCCUUGUCCAGUAUAAGAAAGCGAACACAUGGUUUGGUACGACUGUAGGCUAGUCUUUAUUAACCACACUCUGAGCCAAAUGACUAGUCACUGAGCUAUUACCCAUCUGUUAUUAGCUACUCAGUGAAAUUCACCAAGCCGUCUUUACCGCAUCUCCUUCGCUUAGCCACACAACCAACUAAACAAUAAGAAAGCCAGGAACAGCUGUUCGAGUGAUCUAUUCAUCAGUUAAGGUAUAAAUCUCUAAUAGAAGUGAUAUAAAUGGCACGUCGCAGUAUCGUAAUAAAUUAGCCAGCGGAAAGGGGAUGUAGCAGUCCUUUCUGCUAGACUCAUCUCCGGAGCACAUGGACUAUGCGCAUCUCCUCCUCACGAACCUGCGCAGUGGUUGCAGUGUUUCGUGUACACGAGGUGAAAUGUCAUAUCACUUAUUACGAUUUGGCGAUGGCGGUUCCCGAUACCGCAUACGUCUUGAGUCCAGCAGGUAGAGAGUGAUGUCAUCUCCGGGCAUGGGUACGCCAAGUGAUCCCCUCCUGGCCAGCCCAGCGGGGAGCAGAGCAGGAGGGAUCCAUGAUGCCUCCUGGAGGCCUUCCCUCCCCAAGACCUCCAGCUUCCCAACCUCCACGACACGCCACCUCAGCCACCGAGCCAACAACUUCCAAAGGCACCCCAAGAGGCGGAAACUCAUCAGGCCGUCGCCGCCUCCGCCCCCUAACACACCCUGCCCUCUGGAUCAGCUGGACCUGACGGAACUCCCACCACGCCGGACCUUCACUGAGCUUGUGUGCAACGGCUGCAUCCUGUUUGGCAUCGAGUUCAGCUACGCCAUGGAAACAGCCUAUGUCACACCAGUGCUCCUGCAGAUGGGCUUGCCAGACCAGUUCUACAGUCUGGUGUGGUUCAUCAGUCCAAUUCUAGGCUUUUUACUACAACCAAUAUUAGGAGCGUGGAGUGAUCGCUGCACGUCACGUUUCGGUCGGAGGAGGCCCUUUAUCCUGGCCUUGGCCCUGGGAGCGCUAUUUGGCUUAACACUAGUUCUGAAUGGGCGGGACAUUGGAGCAGCACUGGCAGACACAGCUUUUAAUCACAAAUGGGGCAUAGUGUUGACGGUGUGUGGGGUGGUUCUGAUGGACUUCAGUGCAGACUCAGCUGACAACCCAAGCCAUGCCUACAUGAUGGAUGUUUGUGGUCCUGAAGACCAGGACCGAGGGCUCAACAUCCACGCACUUCUUGCAGGAUUAGGUGGUGGGUUUGGCUACAUCGUGGGAGGCAUCAACUGGGAUCACACUGAGUUUGGCAGAGCCAUGGGUGGCCAGCUCCGGGUCAUCUACAUGUUCACCAGUGUCACCCUCGUGGCUGCCACGGCGAUGACCCUCACCAGCAUUCCGGAGCGGACGCUACCUCAGACGCAUCCGAGGGCCACCAGGAGUGCCCUGAAGAGCCCCAGCCUACCCCUACCCCCCUCCCCACCUGCCCCACCUGGAACUGGUCUGGAGGAGCGGGACGAAGAGGACGGCUUGUACAGCUACCAGUCCUCCAACCCCCAGCGGCGCUACACGGACCCGCUGGGCCACUCCUGCAGCGCCAGCGCACGGCUCUGCGCGGGCCUCACCAGCCCCAUCUCCCCCCUCAGCCCGCUCACGCCCAAGUACGGCAGCUUCAUCAGCCGAGACAACUCCCUGACCGGCAUCAACGAGUUUGCCUCCUCCCUGGGCACCUCCUACAUAGACAGCGUGCUGAUUGACUGCUACACGGGGCCGCGGACGCCCCAACCCCUGGAGCCAGAGGCCGUGGGCCCCCGGAUGAACGCGGGGGACACCCCGCCUCCGCGGGUGCCCCAGCCCGGUGAAGAGGCCCGGCCAGGCGAGGGCCAGGAGCAGGGGGAAGGACCAGCGCAGUCGCUGACCCCAGUCGCUAACCCUGCUGAGGGCACGCAACCCAACGGGAGCGAGGUGAUGCAAGCGAACGAGGGGAUGCUACCCAACGGGAGUGAGGGGGGCCCCCAGCCUGGCGUAGGGUCUAAGAGGGGGAGUAUCCUGAAGCGCCCCCAGAGCCUGGCUCUCAUUGAGGAUCCCCUAAUCACUCCCAGCAUAGGGGUGGAGAACGGGCACAGGCGCACUGUUACCUUCAGCCAGCAGGUGGCAAAUAUUUUGCUAAAUGGUGUGCGCUACGAAAGUGAUCUGAGCGACAGAAUUGAAUCUGGGGAUACACAGAUGUCCAUGAGGCUGCUCUGCAUCGCCAUCUACAGGAUGCCCCCAUCUUUGCGCAGCCUUUGCACCAACCAUUUUUUGGGCUGGCUGUCCUUUGAGGGCAUGCUUCUCUUUUACACGGACUUCAUGGGGGAGGUUGUGUUUAAGGGGGACCCCAAAGCGCCCCACGACUCAGAGGCCUACCAGCGCUACAACGCUGGGGUCAGCAUGGGCUGCUGGGGCAUGUGCAUCUAUGCAUUCAGUGCUGCCUUCUACUCAGCUAUUCUGGAGAAGCUGGAGGAGCGUUUCUCGCUGCGCACGCUCUACUUCUUCGCCUAUCUGGCCUUCGGCCUGGGCACGGGUCUGGCCACCGUCUCCACCAACCUGUACGUGGUGCUGUCUCUGUGUGUCACUUACGGCGUGCUCUUCUCCUCUCUCUGCACGUUGCCUUACUCGCUGCUGUGUGAGUACUACCAGAGCCCACAGUUCUGUGGCUCCUCAGAGGAGGGGACCAGGCGGGGGAUGGGCGUGGACAUCUCCCUCCUCAGCUGCCAGUACUUCCUGGCUCAGCUCCUGGUCUCUGUGCUGAUGGGCCCUCUGACCGCGCUGGUGGGCGGGGCCCAGGGCGUGAUGUAUUUUUCCAGCCUGAUGUCGUUCGUGGGCUGCCUGUACUCCUCGCUGUGUGUGCAGUACCAGCUGCCUCCACCAGAGGGUGAGCCCCCCCCAAACGAGGCCCAGCCACUACUGGUGCACAUUUAAAAAAGAACCCACCCCACCCCCACCCCUCAUCCCGCCUCCAAUGUUGUGUUACACCCUCCUCCUAACCAACUCCAACCCCCACACCCAGCUGAAGAAAUGAUGCUGCACACACACACACACUCAUUCAUCACAUUUCUCGUCUCCCCCUCCCGAUCGUGCCAUAUCAACUCUCCGUUCACUGCUCCAUGUUCUUCAGUGAAAAAAUAUUGCUUUCACAAUUGCAACUACUUAUGGCUCUUCACAUACUUUUAAGAAGAAAGCCCUUUCAAAUUUUGUUGCCCUACAUUUUCUAAUAAGGUGGCUCCGGCCAGUAUGUUUUUGCUCAGUUCAUGCAGACAAAGGACAUAGGGCUCAAAGCAACCUGACAAAGAAAGUAGAUUAUAUUGUUUCCAUACAUUUGCAAUUGGUGCAUUUAUGAAAGACCUGUGUGACCACCUUUGCUUUGCGAAUGCCUCUGGUUGUGAGUGUUUGGUGUGCGUAGCGUUGUGGAUGAUGAAUGUCUCUGUGUGCAUGUCCUUGUACCAUCUGACGAGGCAUGCUUCUCUUCAACAUUUGAACUUGCUUGUGAGAAUGUUGAUGAUCUGUUACAUUAUGAUUCCCUCAUCAUACACACUGGGGCCAAAGUAUUUAUCAAUGUCCCCAAUGGAUGGGGUGUUGCAUUAAAAAUGAUCAAUGAGAAUAUCAGCUUUGUGUUACCAUAGUUGAAAAAAAUGAAAAAGCAAAAAACUUCCCAAAGCAAAUAUAGUGUGAGUGAUUUUGUCGGUAGUGAGUAGUCUGUAUGUCUUCUCACAAGGAAGUGUUAUCUUCUGUUAAUAAUUUACCAGUUAUACUGUCUUGUAGCACUAAUUAGAAACACACGCAUACACCAUCUCAACGUUUGUAUUUAUUUAAUUGAUUCUAACACUGCUGACAGAUCUGAAUGCCCCUAAAGCAAUCAGGCUAGAUGGGCUGUCUCUCUUGAAGGAAUUUAUUUUUUUACUAACCUAUCAAAUGCAGCCUCUCAUCCAAGACAUCCUUGAUGUCCAGUUUUGAUUCUUAAAUGUAAUAUGGCACUUACUAGGCUUAUAUAUCGUAAUGCAUCACACUGAAAUCACUGAAGGUCAAAUCAAGUAAAAUCAACCAGACCAAUUUGGAUAUUGAUACCUAACACAUGGUCUUUUACUUGUUAGCAUCGACAACUUCAUAAACACUGCAGUUAAGAAGAAAUCUGGACACUAAACAUUACCUGGUUAAUCUAGUACCUGAAGAUUAAGUGAACAGUAGGUGUAAUUUUCAAAUUAAUCAUUCCUUUACUACAAUACAAUACAAUACAAUACAAUACAAUACAAUGCAUUAGCAAAGCAGUCAAAGUAUUUGAAAAUCAGCUGUGUGGUCUCAGUGUUGCUCCCCAUCAUGUCACCAUUGAAACCAUCUCCAGUACGUGGCGUUUUAUGCAGUCACAGACAUACACCAUGGAGUCCUCCCCCCCUCACUCGCCCCUUGCCCACUGUACCGGGGUGCACUCUCAACCCCUGGUCACCCAGGUUCUGUCGUGAUUGUUGUAGUGACAGUCAUUCUUGUCGUCAUCAGGCAGAGUUGAAGUUGAGACUCGGGUGUGAAUCAGCUGUCAAUGUGGAACCGACCAAAGCCCAAGGAGGAACCAAAAGACCAAACAAAAACAU